AUGGCAGCCACCAAGCCAGCAGUCUCGUUUCUCGGCCUAGGCGCCAUGGGCUUUGGCAUGGCCACUCAUCUGGUCCAGGAAGGCUAUCCCGUCACCGGAUUUGACGUCUGGGCCCCGACCCUCGAGCGCUUCACGCAGGCUGGAGGCAGUACGGCAUCCACGCCGGCAGAGGCCGUCCAGGGUAGGGACUUUUGUGUAUGCAUGGUCGCCACAGCUGCACAGGCCCAGGCUGUGCUGUUCGAUGGCGAACAUCCUGUAGCCAACGCUCUGCCACGCGGUGCGACGCUGCUCCUCUGUUCGACAGUCCCCUGUGCCUUUGUUCAAGGACUGGCCAGGCAGCUGGUCGACAUUGGUCGUGAUGAUAUAUAUCUCAUCGACAGCCCUGUAUCAGGAGGUGCCAUACGCGCAGCCGACGGCACCCUCUCCAUCAUGGCGGGCGGCACAGACGAGGCCCUUGAGAAGGGCAGGGCGCUUCUGCAGGCCCUGUCCGACCCACAGAAGCUAUACCUCGUCAAGGGCGGCGUCGGCGCGGGGAGCAACAUGAAGAUGUGCCACCAGGUGCUGGCAGCCAACCAGAUCCUGGCGGCGAGCGAGGCGCUGGGCUUUGCGAGCCACCUCGGCCUGGACCUGAAGAAAUCAGCCGAUGCCAUUCUCCAGUCCGAGGGACACAGCUUCAUGUUGGAGAACAGACUGCCCCGGCUGCUGGCCGCACCAGAUUUUAAGCCCGUCGCGAGCGCGGUCACUAUCAUCCUGAAGGAUGCAGGCAUCGUUACAUCCGAGGCCAGGAGAUACAAGUUCCCGACGCCCUUGACCAGUGUGGCCGAGCAGGUGUACCUGACAGCCCUGAACCGUGGCUGGGGCGCAGAUGACGACGCCUGUCUACCGAGACUGUAUAGCGAGGGCGUGGGAAAAGUUGGCCCCAUUGUUUCUGCUACUACUGGCGGGCCGGUGUCCAGCCAAGAUGAGGCCCAAAAAUUGCAACUCGUCGUGGAUCUGCUCAGGGGCAUUCAUCUCUGCUCCGCCGCCGAGACCAUUGCGUUUGCCAGCCGUAUUGGGCUUGAACUGGACCAGGUCUUUGGAUUAUGCGUCAAUGCUGCAGGGGGCUCCUAUAUACUGAGUUCGUUUGGGCCUGAGAUGAUCACGGCGUGCAAGACUGGCAAGGCUGGAACCCGAGAUGAUAGCAAAAAGGAGGCGUUGAAACAGAGUGCACAAAGGUUACAGAGGGCAGUUGACGAGGCGCAAAGGCUCAAGAUGCCAUUGUUUUUGGGAAACCAGGCAUUGCAUAUGAUACAAACCGCGCUGCUACAAAGCGAGGCCAACAGCGCAGAAGCAGCAGCAACACAAGUCUCGCCUGCAGCCGUAAUAAAGGCCUGGUUGGGAUGA